AUGACUGUAUUUCGACGCAAUAUCCCGCUCCGUCACAAAUGGGUCCAGUUUUGGGAAGAAGCUCGUACAUUGACGACUUCGCUCAUGGGCGUCGACCUGGGACCAACUAUACUACGAUACUGGAAUAUCUCUGUGAGCUUACCCAAAAGUGAGUUCGGGAAGUUGACCAUCCCAUUCCUCUCUCACGAAGUGAGUGCGGACGGAAUCAGAGCCUUGCCGAAGAUUGUCAAAGGCAUAGAGAGUUUACCUUUCCCGUCGACGUACAAGGGAGUGCAGUCUUUCUUAGGAAGUCUGAACUACUACAAUAAGUUCAUUGAAGACUUACCAGUAGUUGCCGCUGUGCUCCACAAACUAGACGAAGAACCUGUACGUGCUGGACGGAACCUGGAAGCCGCAAAAGAGUGGUCUUUCGAGAUACUGAAACACAGAAAUAAGCCUUUCGUGAUCAUUCCGCAUGCUAACCCGUGGGCGGCGUGUGCGGUUUUGGGUCAGGAGCAUGAGGGACUCAUACACCCCGUGCGAUUUACUGGUAGAGUGUUGAAGGAAUCAGAGCUACGGUACCACAUAACUGAGAAGGAAGUGCUCGCAAUCUUGCGGACUCUGGAGGUUUUCAGUCCUCUGAUCCAUGAAUCAGAAUUCCUAGUUGUGGUUUAUACGCGCUACUCUGUUCUAAAGUGGUUACUACAAUCCAACACUGCAGAUGGGCGACAUCUGAAGUGGGGACUGGAACUAUCAAGAUGGACACUGGAAAUCCAUCGGACUCAGAAAGAUGGGGACGGCCUCGCAGCCAUCCUCGGGUCUGGUAUUACUCCCAGGGACCAUUUAGAUUGA